AUGGGGAAGCUGAGCAAAGAUAGGAGAGACAUCUACUACCGGAAGGCCAAGGAGAACGGGUACCGAGCGAGGAGCUCCUUCAAGCUAAUCCAGAUAAACGAAAAGUUCGGAAUCUUCAAAUUAUUUGACCCCCAAAGGUGUGGGGAGAAGGAAAAGGACAAGAUAGGGAGCAUAUAUAAUGAAAACUUCUGCUACAAUGUAGUCGACUUGUGCGCAGCCCCCGGCAGCUGGUCGCAGGUGCUGAAGAAUAUCUGCCUGUACAACUACUACCAGAUGCUCCACUGGGAAAGCAAAAACGAGGGAACUCCUCCCAACUGCGUUGAACACGAAAAGUUUUUAAACGACUUUUCUCUCUACAUCAAUUUUAACGAUGAGCUGGAGAAGCGGAUAGAAAGCUUGGCCAAAAAUAAUUUUGUGAAAAUGCCAAAAAUUAUAGCCGUGGAUUUACAAGAAAUAGGAAAUAUGAAAUAUGUGCAAAUUAUACAAGGUGAUAUAACCAAAGCGUCCACUGUGCAUCAGAUUUUGAGAUGCAUGCGGGAUGGCACCUCUGCGGAUGACACCGUCCUGGGGAGUGCUCAGCUAGACGAACAAAACUCACAAAGGAACAACUCCCCCACGUACGCACACGCCGUUGUGAGCGACGGAGCGCCAGACAUAACCGGCAUGAAUGACAUAGACGAAUUCAUUCAGUCCCAACUUAUUUUAUCGAGUCUGAAGGUCUGCUGCUCCGUUUUAAAAAUAGGAGGAAAUUUUAUUAGUAAAAUAUUUCGAGGUGAACACACUGGCCUGCUCAUUCUACAUUUGAAUAAAUUCUUCGAGAGGGUCUACGUGUGUAAACCGCAAAGCAGUCGGAAUAAAAGUUUGGAGUCCUUCCUCGUUUGUUUGAACUUCUCCCUACCGCUGUCCAGCAUUACAGCGCUGAGCAGUCAUACGGGGGAGGGGGAAAAAUUUAAUCGGCAGAAUAUGCCUCAAGAAGAACUUCGAAAAAUGCAUGCAAAGUUAAUCGCUCAGAAGGACGACGAGGGAGGAAUUCGUAGGGGGGGUAAAUCCCUCGGGAGGGAGGAAAAAAGGAAUGAUACAAGUGGGGAGGAACUCUCCGCCGAGGGGGAAGAUGAUAGCCAAGUUGAAUCGGAGGGGAACAAAGGUGAAGAAAAAGGCGAAAACGAGCUUGCACACAUAAAUGAAUGCGCCAGUGAUGAUGAAACGGGGAACAUAUUAAAGGGAGACAAACAGAAUGACUGCGGCUCCGGACGUGGUGAUACUCUAACGGGGGGAAAAUUUCAAAGUAAAAACUUCGCCCACAAAAAUGUGGACAUAUUCAAUUUUUACUGCUCUGAUAGUGACGAAGAGAUAAAAUAUUUCAACUCAGACGAUGAAGAGGUUGUAAAUGAGUACAUCGCGUCGGAAGUUUUUAUGAAUGAAAAGCUCUUUUCCUUUGUCGCCACGCAGAAUUAUUACGACUCGGAUAAGUCCUACUUGCUCCCGCAGAAUUACGUUCGGCAUGAGCCCCAGCUUAUGCCGCUUCAACCCCCUUAUUUGUUGUCUUUACAGAAGAAAAGGCAAGAGGGGAAGAAGCCAUAAUGAUAAGUAUCACACAUAUGUGUGUAUGAGCAGGAAAGCGAAGGGGAUCCUGUGGAACGGCGUUUUUUCCCCGCCAAAUGGGGAAAUAAAGCGAAUAAUGGUGAACAUGGACAUCCGUCUGAAGAGGAAGCAUUCGCCUACAUGCACAUUUUGCAAUCACUCAAUUGUGAAGUUAAUACGGAUGUUUUUUCACCCCAUCGAAGGUGAAAAUGCAUGUAUUGGGGAGAAAAAUUAGUAACCCCGCGCAGUUUUGCCUUAAAUUGCUUCCCUUUUAGCAUGCACAUAGGAACGCCGCUCUUUUUUUUGAGCUGUCGUAUAUGGCCGAGGGAGAGCUACGCAAGAAAUGUCCCAUUUAAAGGGGUAUCCCACAAAUGUGAUUCGCAGUGGAGGGCUAUACCCUUCCUCAUUUGUCUUCUUAAAAAACGGGUUUCAUUAACCCUCCCAUUUUUUGCUACUAACAAGUUUGGUCUUCCCCGAAUGUUUCCCCCCCUUUCGCAUUUUUUUUUUUGUCCUAGCUGUGUUUACGUUUAUCGUCUCACUCGAGUCGGUAAAUCCUAAACGGCAACUUCGCAAAAUGGUGUUUACCAUUCUGCUAACGUGCCAAUCUGCCAUUCUGCUAAUGCGUGCCACUGUCGCGUUGGCAACU